AUGGAGGCGCUAUUUUCUGCUGCUGUAGGUGAGGUCUUCAGCAGAUUCCUAUCGUUCUUGAUCAACAAAUACCCGACCAUGUCCACGGUGUCCAAGGAGGAGAGCCUGCAGAAACUAGAGAAGGCGCUGCUCCGGGUUGCGAUCACCGUUGAGGAAGCCGAGGGGAGGUUCAUCACAAACAACGGAAUGCUUCAACAACUCAAAAUGCUGCGGAAAGAGAUGUACAAAGGCUACUACGUGCUUGACAAUUUCAAGUACCUUGACGACCAAGAAGCAAAGGUGAACGCUCAUCAAAACUUUUCCUUGGCAUGUUCUAUAUCCAACACAGGCAAGCGGCGUUUUCCUCCCUCUGAUGUUAAUAGUAUACAAGGCAAAAAGGAGUUAAAACUGACACUUGAUAGUGUGCAGAACAUGGUGACUGAUAUGUAUGAGUUUGUAGCUUUUCUGAACAACUACCCACCAAUGUUCCGCCAACCAUAUAGCAUGCAUCUGUUACUUGAGAAAUGCAUGUUUGGCCGCCAGGCAGAAAUGGAACGAACCAUCUAUUUUUUGCUACAGAAGGAGCCUCUUGGUGAAUCAUUUAGAGUGGGUGUCUUGCCAAUCAUUGGGCAAGGAAGAGUUGGAAAGAGCACACUAGUUGAGCAUGUUUGCUAUGACAUAAGGGUGCGAAAUCACUUUUCUCAGAUUGUCUUUUUCAGUGGAAACAAGUUCAUCGAAGAAAAACAACACACCCUGAACGAUAUGGAUGGAGGAAUAAUCAAAUACAAAAAUAGCAGCCAGAAUGAUGGAAAACUGCUGGUUAUAAUCGAGCUAGAUGGGGAUGUUGAAGAGGGAGCUUGGAGAAGGCUGUUAUCCGCCUCUCAAAGUUGCCUUCCCAGUGGCAGUAAAAUUAUAGUAACAAGUAGAUCAGAGAAAGUAACAAACUUUGGAACGACGGAACCUAUAAGGUUGGAUUUUUUGUGUCGAGAAGCAUGUUGGUACUUCUUCAAGGUGCUUUUGUUUGGAAGCUCAUAUGCUGAAGACCAACCCAAGCUUGCAUCGUUAGCUUUGGAAAUAUUUGAGGAGUACUAUUGCCAAGAUGCUUUAUUUGGGGACUUCACAGGCUCUCUUGCAAAUUCAAAACAUAUCGCUGCCCUUCUAAGAUAUAAUGUUAGCACACAGCACUGGCGCACGAUUCUUGCUUGUGUUAGACGAAAUUGGGAGGAAAACUUAGUUCCAAGCAGUAAUGGUCCAAAUAAUACAAGAGUGGAAAAUGGACACUACAAUCUCUGUAGAAUAUCAAAUAUCUAUCAGUAUGUCCAAGUUGCCAGACACCACGUAGUCAGGUCUGGCCAUGAAGAGGUUCCAAAAAUAACUAUUGAUGAAGUAAUGUAUGGAAGAAUUGAACCAAAAGGGAAAUUUGAGGUUCUCUCGUGGAGAUCACACUUACCGCCAUAUUACAGCUACAUAGCCAGCUGUGAGAUUCUUGAUUCAAAGUGUGUGCAGAAGGGGAAAAGGUGCUCUAAGAAGAGGAAGGAACUGAGUUACUGUGUUCCAUUUUGUUAUGCAGACGGACUAAUAACAAAAUACUAUAUAUGUCAUAGUGGGAAUCUAUUUGUUACAUAUAUAAAACAAUACAUGUCUUGA